CCAUGGCUUUCCGUUUCGUUGCUCUAACCGCCCUCGUGGCCGUCGCUUCAGGCGCCUAUGUGGACUACUCGCUGACGGGUCAGUCCCUGACCGGUUACGUCGCCCCGACAUCAACGCUGCAGAAAGUAUCGUACGCUGCCCCGGCCACCGCUUACUUGUCGGCGCCAGCUUACCAGAAGACCUACUCGUACGCGGCUCCCGCUGUUGCGUCGAUCAGCGCUCCCGUUGUUCACAAGACCGUUUCCUACUCUGCUCCCGCAACCGUUGUUGCGCACGCUGCCCCUCUCGUCCACAAGACGAUCUCGCUUGCCGCCCCCGUUGUUCAUAACACAGUCGCGGUCGCUGCUCCCGUUGCUGUCCAUCAGGAAGUUGCCAAGCCAGCCGUUCACCAACUGCACAUCACCAACCGUCAACGGAACGUUCGCGUUGAAGAAUAUAAACGUCCCGAACAGCUGAUCCGAAUCCACGCAGCUGCUCAACGAGCUCCUGAAACCGUGAGCGUGAACGCACCCGCAGAAGCGUCCUCCACUAUCCGAUUGAUCAACCACGCCGCGCCCGCUGCCCGCGUCGAACGCGUUGUGUCUCAACAGCCCGGCCAACAAGUCUUCGACGUCGAGAAGCCCGCCGCUCCGGCCGACCGUGUCAUCCAAAUCACUCGUGCCGCCAAGGAGGCCGACAAAGUCGAGUUCUACAGCGAAUCGAAUGAUCAAGCCGCCGAAAUUCUUCUCGAAGAGAACCCUAACCGCCCUCAGGUUCAAUACCUUGACGCCGCCCCCGUCGCUACAACAUACGCGGCUCCCGUAAGCGUGAGGAAGACAAUCUCACACGUAGCACCAGCUGCCUACGUAGCCGCCCCCGCUGCCUACGCUACGUACGCCGCCCCGGCCACCCUCCACAAAACAGUCUCGUACGCUGCUCCGGCCACCCUCCACAAGACCGUUUCGUACGCCGCCCCCGCGUUCGAGAGGAAGACCGUCUCCUACGGUGCACCAGCGGCGUACGUCGCCGCUCCUGCUGCUUACACCACGUAUGCCGCUCCUGGUGCUCACACCACGUAUGCCGCUCCAGCGACCGUGCAGAAGACCAUCUCCUACUCCGCGCCCGUCGUUAGGAAGACCGUCUCGUACGCUGCCGCCCCGCUUUCGACCGUAUACGCCUCCGCUUACGACACUGCUUUCCACGCCAAGAGCUCGUAGUUUGUUAGCCGUGUAUUUAUGAUUCGUUGGCCGUUGAUACCGCUGGACAGGAAGGAAAAAACCAUCGCAAUAAACAACACCUUG